GUGUGCACCUUUGGUUUACCAAAAUAAACACGGAAAAGAAAAAUAUCGGCGGCUCUUGUUAAAGGGUGACGGCUUGCCCGGUUAAAGUAGUACUUUACUUAUAACCAGCCGUCCUGAAUUCAAUAAUAACAUUGUUUUUUAAGUUGUAAAGUCGCUGAAGGAACCCGGAAGUUGGACGUCGCUAAGUUGUCAACACUGCUACGGCAGUUAAAGGCUGACAGACAGAGAAGAUGCCAGCAGCAGAGUCAUGUGCCGCCAACAAUGUUGUGGACAACAUUUGUAGGCUUUCUCCGGAUCUGCUGGCUGAAACAUGUCAGCACAUUCUGACUUAUCUGCAAGGGCAGACGAGAGGAGUAGAUUCAGCUGAAAUUUCUGAUAGAUUUCAGAGCGCUGGGGUCAGACUUGACCAUGACGCUCUUCAGGACAUCAUUAGGUUUCUCUUGCUGACAUUCAGGUCAGGUGGGAAAAGCAACAUCUCUGGGGAUGAACUUGUGUCGAAGUUGGAAGAAGGCAGCAAUAAAUGGUCCAAAGCUUCCCUUCAGGUGUUGCACAAGUUGUGGAGUGAACAUGGAGCGUUGGUCCACACUCAGCAGGACGUCCAGGCCAUGCUCAGCAUCGGCCAGUUAGUGGACAUGCAGUGGAAGCUGGGCAUGGCAGUGAGCUCAGACAGCUGCCGAUCUCUCAACUCUCCAUAUGUGACCUUACUGCUAAAGAUCGUCGAGCCCUCUGGACAGAUCUGUCAGAGGUCUUUUGAGAUGACUGUCCCACAGUUCCAGAACUUCCACAAGCAGUUCAAGGAGAUUGCCGCCGUCAUGGAGACUGUAUGAUGGUUGCAGGCACACUUAAGUGCUCAUCACAGUUAUACAACAUUGAUACUGAGCCAACGGAAGAGCAGUUUGACACGUGUUUGUUUGCUGGCUGUCUCAAAAUGGAUGUCCGUGGCUGCAGAUGCCAAUUCUCAGCUUUGUACUUGUAUUUUUCCACAGAUUGCAUAAGCUUCUAGAUGGUCCAGCUAGAAUAAAAACAGCUGAGAGAAAAGCUGUCUUCAGUUUGAGUGCAAAGAUUUAACUGUACCUCCUCCUGUUAACGUAUCCAGGUAUGGAGAUUUUUAGGGUUUACUCUUACGCCACAUCUGUUGCAAAAUGUCUACGAUAUGGUUUAGGUAAUCACAGUUCGUACUAAAUUGCACUUUGUCGAUGCAUUUGUACUUUCAGGCUGAAUGAGAAUGCAGGUCCACAGUGAGCACAUCCGUUGCUGUAUUUUUAUCUCUGCUCUGAGACUGUGAUUACCUUCCACUAUACAACAUUAUCUGCACAGUUACUGAUCAUAUUUGAAAUUUGUGUUUACUCUGCGCCACAGCUCUUAGUGAGAAAAGCUUGUGGAGGUAAACGGUCCAUGUGAGCUUUUCAGGCGUUGUGUUUGCUUUUUUUAACCUUAAAUACAUUCAAUCAAAAGCUGUGCUAGAAUACUUUUUCGUGUACUUUAUGCAUAUUUAACUUCAAUUUUAGGUCAUGUUUUGCUUCUGCUCCAUUACAGUCAAGAGGAUAACGUUAUACUUUUCACAUCAGUGCAUUUUAUUUAACAACUAGAAUGACUGGUUAAUUUGUCCAGUUAAGGGUUUACAAGAAAACCUCACAUAAUACAACACAUUGUCAGUGUUUUUGGUUUGUGACCCGUUACAGUAAAGCGAUUAUGUGUUGUAAUUGUGGCUGCUUGACUUGUUAGUAGUUUUCCCUUCUCAAAUGGUUUCAUUUAAAGAACAGUUCAAGCUGCAGAGAGGUGAAAUGAUCUCCUAUUUACUCAUCUGAAAUCAUCAGAUUCAUGUGGGGAUCCUUUGGAGGAGAUCAAAGUUUACUACCGAAUCAAAUCUCUACCUGCCUCUUAUGCAUGAGUAGUUUAAUGAGUUUGUAUUAUUUUUUGCAGACUAAAUACGUUUCCUUUUGAUAGUAAGGGGGGUAGGAGUUUUAUAAGUUUUACACUUCUUCCUACUCCUUUUCGGACAUUGCUGAUUUGUUUCUUUCUUUUUCUCUCUUUUUUUUCUUUUUGUUUUAAUCAAUGUUCGAAAUAAACUUUUCAUUCAUUCAUUCAUUCAUUCAUAGUUGAAGUAAAUUUUGCUAAUCGUUAUGUUAUUCUGAACACUUCUGCCUGUACGUUGUUAUUUUGGUGCUUCAGUCAUCUGUAGACUUCAUCCACAACUGCAGUGAUGCAACAAAUAAUUAAACAUGAACUUCAGUUGCAUGGUUA